AUGCUCCACGAGAUCCUCCUCUCCCUCUCCGGCCAGCCGUCGCCCCUCCUCGGUUCUCCACAGGUGGAAGACGCUAUCCCGCAAGAUGAUCUCGCCCUUCUCUCUCCACCGGAGAAAGCCCUCCUCGGGUCGAUUGCCCGCUUGAGCGAGCUUCACGCCAAGCUACGAUCACAUACCUCCCUCAUAUCUUCAUCACAUCGCUCUGUGAUAUGCCGCUCCGUAUCUACGACUAUCGUUGCGACUCACCUCGGCGAAUUCCAGAAAAAGAUCCUCCAAGUCGAGAAAGCCAUUCUUUCGGGAGACAGCGGCUAUGUUGGUGGAUAUGGAAUUGUUCCCUUGUCCACUAUCGUCGGGGAAUUCACACCUUGGACACGGCGUCUGGAAUGGCUAUGGGAGAUCACCAAGUUCAUUCAACCGGAAACCCGCUAUUCAGGUCAUCGAUAUGGGUGCUCCGGUGCCGCGCUAAUCAAUCACCUGCGCGAUGGACUGCAAACUGGAUACCUCGACAUCAAAGACAUGGCCGUUCAACUUGUGACCGCAGCAGAGACAGCAUGGAUGAAGCAGCUCUCCAUGUGGCUGUUAUACGGUAAAUUGCCCAUGUAUGGCAAGGAAGACUUCUUUAUCCAAGAGGAGUCCAACAGAGAACAAGAUGACGCUCAAUUUAAUAUCCAGAUGGAUUUGCUUCCGGGCUUCGUCUCCGAGCAAACGGCAGGGUCUAUUUUGUUCAUCGGCAAGUCGCUAAAUCACAUUCGUGCGAAACGAAAAACCCCCCAGUGGAAUAUCAACUGCGCCGACUGCAUUCGACUAUCAUUGUCCCAAUCCACUUUAUCCAAACUGCUUCCCUUGCCCAAGAUACUUGAGAUGCUUACAUUGCUCAACGACUUUCUACUCCUGGGACGAGGGGAGUUUGCGGUGGCGCUUGUUGCGCAUGCAGACUCUAGAAUCGAGGAAAGUCGACGACGCAGCGCAUUAGCUCAGAUUCAGCAGCCAGGUUCAUUGGACAACUUCCUUAUCAGGGAAGGGGAUGUGGUGACUUCACUGGCCCAUGCAUGGGCCGAACUAUUCUCCCUGCAAAAAGAAGAGGAUCCAGCAGACGAAGGAUUAGAGCUGGCUCGCGAGCUUCUUAGGCUGUCAAUAAAUGAUGGAAAGAAUGGCCGUGCUACAACCCCAUCGCACAGCUCCAACACAAUCCCUGAAAUCUCCAGUGUCUCAUUUGAGAACCUCCUUUUCCCUACCCCAACAUCCUUAACGGCCCAGGUCCGCGCGCCCCUGGAUUUGUUCCUCUCAAGUUCCGAUAUUGCAAUCUAUUCCAAGAUUCAUUCUUAUCUCCUCGGAAUUCGACGCGCCCAAAUCCGCCUCGGUGAUUUGUGGAAAAGAACCACUCUUCGCAGAACCCAUGGCAGUGCACGAAUGCCACCACGAAACAACAACGCCUUCUUGCAGAAUAAGCAGAGGCAGAACCGCGAGAGGACAAAUGCUCGCACGCAGCAAAUGCGACCAAUUUGGGCGACUGCCAGUGCCUGCCUGUUUGUUCUUUCGGAGAUUGGCAGCUUCUUCCAGGGCGAAGUGGUACACGAGUCCUGGCAACAUCUCCGUGAAUGGAUUGAAAAGGAUAACGCAAUACCCACGUCCGCUCUUAAUUCUCGACCUGGGACGGCAACUUCUUUCAAGGCCCAAAGAAUGUCUCAGACUACUCCUGCCGAUCGCCCGUCUAGCCGACCAUCCUCUCGACCAGGCACAGCGUCUAUGGGUCGACACGACCCAGAAGCAUUGACUGUUGCGCAUCGACGCCACCUAGCCAGUGUUAUACAGUCCUUGUUUUUGACAGACGUACCCUUCACCAGCGUACUUCGAACCCUCCUGACGAGUGUCGAUCGCUUUGUUGCCCUCACAAUUAGACUGGAUACCAUUCAACGAAACAUGGAUCUAGAGACGGAUGAAGGAGUUGUGGAUGCGCUGGUAGACUACGCACAAGAAGAGCGAGAAGUCUGGCAAGAACUGAGGGAAACGCGCAAAGACGUUAAGACAGGUAUCCAAGAGCUUGUCGCGACUCUGCGGGACAUUGACGAGCGACGCUCGGGCUCAGACUACCCUGCUAGCAGUGGCACAACAGGGCCGAGAAUAUGGCCUGAUGGGAUCACUGGCCCCAGCUUCAGUCACUACCAGCCGCGUAAGCCGGCAGGGGUGGACCGACUACUCAUGAAGCUGGACUUUGGCAGUCUGCGCAGUACGGGAGGUCAAACAGUCACACCUGGCUUGGUUGAUCUGGAAUAG